GAGAACGUGAUGUUCAUCAACAAGAUCAAGGAGCAACUGAUGACCGAGAAAUCCUGCGCCCAGGCCGUGAGCGCCGCGUCCCCCAGCCCCCAGACCGCAGGCCCGCAGCCCCCGAGCUCCCAGCCUGCGGCGCCUCAGCAACCACAACACAACCAGGCACCGCCCGCUCCGCUGCAGUCGUACCCCGCGGCUCUGGUCGGCCCGGGUCACGUCGACCCUCCCGGCGGGACCGCCGAUGACGGAAACCCGCCUCCGGCUUCCGAGAACGUCUCCGUGCUCCCCCUCCCCUCCUCCGCCCUCAUGACAGGCCUGGUCAUCACGUCGCCGAGCUCCAGCCUCUCUUCGUCGAGCGGGGGCCUCAGCCCCUUGGCCCACGCGCCCCCGACUUUCUCGCUGGCGGGGGCGCCGGCCAUGAUCGUGUCGGGGCUGGCGCCGGCGCUGUCGGGCGCAGAGAAGAAGGGGUCUGCCGAGGAGGCCCAGGGCCAGCAGGCCCAGGCCCAGGCCAAGGCAGUGGGAGGCAAGAAACGCAAGGGGCGGCCCAGCGAGGCGGCGCUCAGCGACGCGGAGGACCCCUACGCGGUGCCGAAUGACGACGAGGGGGGCAAGGACGGGAAAGCGUACAGGUGUAGGGUGUGUCCCCUGAGCUUCCUGUCCAAGUCGGAGAUGCAGGUCCACAGCAAGUCCCACAGCGAGUGCAAACCCCACCACUGCCCCCACUGCUCGAAGACGUUCGCCAACACCUCGUACCUGGCGCAGCAUGUGCGCAUCCACUCGGGCGCAAAGCCCUACAACUGCAGCUACUGUCAGAAAACCUUCCGGCAACUCUCCCACCUACAGCAGCACACACGGAUUCACACGGGAGACCGGCCUUACAAAUGUUCCCAGCCCGGCUGUGAGAAAUCUUUCACUCAGCUCUCCAACCUACAGUCACACCGGAGACAGCACAAUAAGGACAAACCUUUCAAAUGCCCGCACUGCCACAGGGCGUACACAGACUCACCGUCGUUACAGGUCCACCUAGCUACACACACAGUCAAGCACAUCAAGGCCUACGCCUGUAACUCCUGCAGAAAAUCAUACACAUCAGAAACGUACCUUAUGAAGCACAUGAAAAAACACAAGGCCCCCGCUCCGCCCUCCGAGCUGUACGGCGCCACCUCGGGUGGGCAGGGCACCAACGCCGACGCGGCCCAGUGCUCCUUUGACCUCCUGCCCUUCAAGCCCGACCCCCACAAGGACCCCUGCCUGACCGUGAGCACCAGCGCUUUGCAAGUCGACCAAAUGGGAGGCUCCUAGGUCCCGCGCCUUGACCUUCGACCCUCCCGCCCUCCUAGCUGCCACAUACGGCGCCCUCCCCCUCCAGAAAACCCCGACCCGUUCGGUGAGGGGUUUGGCGGGGUGGGGGGGAGAGGUGGUGGUGGGGGUGCGGGUGGCUGUCGGGUCCCACCCCCGCCCUCGCUUCCCCACUGCGCCCGUUCGCCGCCCCGAAACGAGAUGGAGGCCGUGCGUGCGUGCGUGAGAGGGCCGCGAAUCGGAGCUCACGUCGGGGGUGGUGGCGGGCUGGGGGUUGCGGGUGUGCGCUUGGUCG